GUGUCGCUGCUCGCCGUCCUCCACCUACUAAUUUAUUCCCCGAGUCAAAUCCUGAUCCGUUUUGAGCGAAUGCCAGAUAAGAUCCAAUGGAGAACGCUGGAAUCUUCUGAUAGCUCCGAAUGUGACAACCACAUGUCCUUUCGGUCGUAUCGCUUCGCAAUUCAAAAACCUCCACGUGCCAUUUCUCGCUGUCUCCCUCCAUUUCAAGGCUCCGAUCUUUCUGCUGAGUGAUCUAGCGGAGGAACGCCAUGGGUAAGACGAAGAGCUUCUUAGCCAUGAGAACCGAUUCCCAAGAUGAAGCCCUCCAAUUGAUCAACUCUGAUUUCCAGGAUCUGAAUCGCGCCGCUAGAAACCUCGCCCACCAUGCCAUCAAACUCGGUGGCCUCGGCUUCGGCACCUCUUUCCUUCAGUGGGUUGCUUCCAUCUCCGCCAUUUACUUAUUGGUUUUGGAUCGUACGAACUGGAAGACAAACAUUCUUACAUCGUUGUUGAUUCCAUACAUUUUCUUGAGCCUUCCUUCGAUAGUUUUUGGUCUCUUCAGGGGAGAGUUUGGGAAAUGGGUAGCCUUUAUUGCGGUUGUGUUACGGCUUUUCUUUCCAAGGCAUUUCCCUGAUUGGUUGGAAUUGCCUGCUGCUUUGAUUCUGCUUAUAGUUGUGGCGCCAAGUCUAUUCGCUAGCACCUUGAGAAGCAGCUGGGUUGGCGUGGCAAUAUGCCUUGUCAUUGCAUGUUAUUUACUGCAAGAACACAUUCGGGCUUCUGGUGGUUUCAGGAAUUCCUUCACAAAAGCUCACGGCAUAUCAAACACAAUCGGCAUAGUCCUUCUAUUAGUCUAUCCUGUUUGGGCAUUGGUAAUCGACAUUAUAUAAAUGCAGGCUUUUAACUGUUGUUGGGAUUUGGUUGGGUUCUGUGAAUUGAAAUGGCCACUGUUCCUGUGUGUAUCAUUCAUUUGGUGGAAAAGACUUUGAUUGUGUGAAAAUGUAAAAUCCUCAGUGAGUGGAUCAUUCAUUUGUAAUAAGCUGAGACUUUUAUAUCCCAAAGAGUCUGCAUGUGUAAAAAUGUGAAAUCAGAUGUUAUUUGAUUACUUUUAGCUUCAUUGAAUGUGAACAUCUAGUGUGUUGAUAGAAAUAGACCAUACUCCCUUUCUUUU